UGGCCAGGGGCCUGUAAAAAUGUCAUAAUUUUUCCAGCUCACAAAGAGGGGACAACACGUUCCCCAAGAUGUUCUCAAAAUUAAUCAUGGACUUCUUCAAUUCCCAAUUUCUACUUCCUUAACUUCUUUUUUCCACAAGCUUUAACUUUUUGGUAAUGGCAGCUCCAACCUCCAUAUCGAUUUCUCAAUCCAACAAGAAACUUUCUCUCUUCCUCAACAUCUCUUUCCUCUUCCUUCUCUCUUUAUUUCUAAUAUUCCACUUCCAAUCUUAUCAUCCUCCUCUCACCUCAAAUUCACAAGUACAGUACCAUCAAUCCAAUACCAUCCAUUCCUCGGUUCUCAACGGCAUCAAAAUCGAAACCUGCACGGGUUUCCAUGACUGCCCAGAUUACCAAACCAAGUGUUUGUACAUCAAAACUCAUCUGGGUUGCAGGCCAAAAGGGUACAUAAACUAUCUCCAAAUCUUCUACUGCAAUUUCGACCGGUUUCCGAUACUCGGUCAUGCCUUUCUUCUUCUCUGGCUUGCCGUUUUGUUCUAUGUCUUGGGCAAUACGGCAUCCGAAUACUUCUGCUGCUCAUUAGAGAGCUUGUCCAAAAUCCUGAAGCUCUCUCCAACCAUUGCCGGAAUCACUCUCCUUUCGCUCGGAAACGGGGCCCCCGACGUCUUCGCCAGCAUCGUAUCUUUCACGAGGUCCGGCGAUGGAGACGUCGGACUCAACAGCGUGUUGGGAGGUGCUUUUUUCGUCUCCAGCGCCGUCGUUGGAGUUAUAAGUAUUCUGAUUUCUCCUCUUCAGAUUUCAGUUGAUAAAACCAGCUUUAUAAGAGAUGUUGUUUUCUUCCUUUUCUCUUUAUCCUCUCUUCUUGCAAUUUUUAUCAUUGGAAGAGUUACUCUUCUCGGUUCCAUAUUUUUUGUUGCCAUUUACUUUGUUUAUGUUACUGUGGUUUCGGCCACACAUUUUUUCUUCACAAAGAAAGGAGAUUAUAACGAUGAAGAUGAUGAUGAUGAAGUAGUAAUGGAUGAAUCCGAAACAUCUAUGGCGGCCGCGGUUAAGAAGUACCCAAAUAACAGCAUAGAUGAUCUAGAAGAAGCAGGUAUACCAUUGCUUGGUUAUGUUGAUCAUGAUCAGAAAAUUAUUGUUAUUCGAGAUCAAGACGAUCAAAAUAAUCAAGGAUUUCUCAACCAUUAUUCAUCAUCAACUUGGUAUUAUUUUCUUGGAAAGUUUCUAAAACUCUUGGAGCUUCCACUUUACUUGCCAAGAAGAUUGACAAUACCAGUUGUGAGCCAAGAAAGAUGGUCGAAACCGUUCGCGGUAAUCUCGGUGACAUUAGCACCACUCCUAAUGGCAACACUGUGCAACACACAAAGAGAGCAAGUUGGAUCAAGAAGCAGAUUGAUAACCUAUUUGACCGCCGGAUUAAUUGGAAUGGUACUUGGUAAUCUGGCUUUCGUGACCACCAAGAAAUGUAGUCCACCAAAAAAGUGUUUGUUUCCAUGGCUAGUAGGAGGGUUCUUGAUGAGUGUGACUUGGACUUACAUUACUGCUGAAGAAUUGGUAUCUUUGUUGGUUUCGGUUGGAAACAUAGUGGGAAUUAGUCCUUCAAUUCUCGGACUAACUGUUCUAGCUUGGGGGAAUUCACUUGGUGAUUUAAUAGCCAAUGCUGCUAUGGCUAUGCAUGGUGGGCCAGAUGGGGCCCAAAUUGCUAUAUCAGGCUGCUAUGCGGGACCCAUGUUUAAUACUCUGAUUGGUGUGGGAUUCUCACUUGUUAUAUCAUCUUGGUCUGAUUACCCAACUCCUUAUGAGAUUCCUAGAGACUCUACUCUCUAUGAGACUGUUGGCUUUUUGAUGGGUGGUUUGCUUUGGGCACUUGUUGUGCUUCCAAAGAAGAACAUGAGGCUUGAUCGUCUUCUUGGGAGUGGUCUUCUUGCUAUUUACUUUUGUUUCUUGUUCCUAAGGCUUGCUAGAGUUCUUGGUUUUCUCAAGUUUCAUGGGACUUCUUUCGUAACCUAAAAAAUAAAACGGUACGUUUCGUCAUUCUUAAUUUCUAGCGACCCUUCCACACAUCAUGUCCAAAUUAAUGUAUGCUUGGAAAUAGAAGUACUAUUUCAAUGUAUAGAGGUAUAUGUUACUUUAUAAAAUUAAGGAUAUAUAUCUAUAUAUAUUCAAAAAUGUAAGGAACAAAAGCAGAAAAAGAAACCGCCGUACUGCUCUAUAUUAUUCCAUGGAAGCUAGCUAGUUUAAUUUUGUAAAAAUUACAGGGCAUACACAUAACAUAUGCAUAUAAUACUAUCCUAUGUCAUGAAAUCGACAUGUGCAAAUUGUUGUUUUUCAUCUUCUU